AUGGCUUCGGGGUACGACAGAGCACUGUCUGUCUUCAGUCCGGAUGGUCAUGUGUUCCAAGUUGAAUAUGCGCUGGAGGCUGUGAAACGAGGGACUUGUGCCGUUGGCGUCAAAGGGAAAGACAUUGUGGUGCUGGGUUGCGAAAAACGAUCCGCCAUGAAGCUACAAGAUACUCGCAUUACCCCUUCAAAGAUCGGCCUUGUGGACACGCACGUCUGCCUCGCUUUUGCCGGCCUGAACGCUGAUGCUCGCAUACUGGUGGACAAAGCUCGGUUAGAAGCACAGUCGCAUCGUCUGACUGUCGAGGAUCCGGUUACAAUCGAAUACAUUACGAAAUAUGUUGCUGGCGUACAACAGCGAUACACACAAAGCGGAGGUGUGAGGCCAUUUGGAAUCAGUACUUUGAUUGUUGGUUUUGAUAAGGGAGACACGACACCGCGACUCUAUCAAACCGAACCUUCAGGCAUCUACUCCGCGUGGAAAGCCAAUGCGAUAGGGAGGUCCAGCAAAACAGUUCGCGAAUUCCUAGAGCGAAACCACAAGGAUGACAUGGACCGAGAAGAAACAGUCAAGCUGACCGUCAAAUCUUUAUUGGAGGUUGUUCAAACGGGGGCAAAGAACAUCGAGAUUGCCAUCAUGGCUCCCGGGAAGACCAUUGAGAUGCUACCUGUAGAGGACAUCGAAUCAUACGUGAAGAGCAUAGAGGCAGAGAAGCAAGAGGAGGCAGCGAAGAAGAAGACGGGACGCACGCCUGGUACUGGCACGGCAGCGAUCCUCACAAGAAGCGAUGCGGGUGCAUCUGGUAGCUAA